UGAAGUGCUUUAAAAGGACCACAUUUGCACAGAUUUCUCAGACUCGCAGAAGUCCUGGGAAGUAAGCAGAGCUGUUGGUACGCCCCACACUCUUGUGGACACCAGGACACAGCAGACCCUAGUUUCCUCACUGUGGUCAGCAAAGGAACCUCAGGAGAGAAAAUGCAGAGAGAUGACGGCCAAGUCCAAAGUGAGAGAACUAGCCAAGAAGCCAGUAGUAGGAGACCGAUGCAGGAAGGCCGAAGGUCCUCAGGUCCUCCCUUAAGCCCAUGGACUGACCUUGAAAUCAGGAGCUUCCUGCAGAAGUGGGAAGUGGUUGAACAGGAAAUCGGCCACCAAGGCAAGAAGAUGGAGGAAAAGGCUGGUCUUGUUUGCGAGCGUCUCUAUGAGAUGGGCCUGAACAAGUCCAGAGAAAGCUGUUUGGACCUGAUGUGGACCCUGAAGCAUCUGCAUGAGACUCUCAUUAAUGAGAGACCAAAGACGGAACCCUUGUUUUCUCCCUAUGCCGAGGCCCUGUACAGGAUCUUGGGUCCCAAAUGUCAGGGAGGCUAUGUUCCAGGUGUUGUGUAUGAUUGGUCUGGUUACCCCCUGCCUUCCAUGAGCCCUCAACCUCCAAUGGUGAUGCCAUCUCCAGUAUACCAGCCCUGGGAUUAUGGCAUGUCUGCAUCUUCUGCACAGCUUCAUGGGAAUCCAUCACUGCUGUCCAGUCAGGAUUCACUGCUUCCCAGAUGGGAAGCCUGGAAUGCCGCCUAUCCAUUGAGAGUUCCACACGAACUUCCUGCCUCCCUCCCUGGACAUGCCAACCUUCAGAUGCCGCGUCCAACUUCUCAUGAUGGCUCAAGUUCUCAGUGAAGAU